AUGUCUCGCAAUAGCAUGUCAAACCAGCUCACCGGCGCGGAGGAUCCAGCAGACGGAAUGUCUGAACUUGGUAACAUUCAAUAUCCAUGGUCCAGCCAGGGUCAACGUGAUCGAGAAGAGCCAACUGAAAGCCCACCUUUGCGGUCUCAUCACACGGAGUCAUGCCCAGAUCACUCCAAUUCCAGCGACUGUGGUGCCCUUUCCUCUGCCAUCUCAAGUCAAGUUGAAGCCCAAUUUUCCCUGCCUCCCGUCAGCUCGCUCACCCUCCACGGAGAACACGCCGGUCUCUGGAGUUCUCUUAGCUCACGAGUCUCUGACAAAGCUCCAACUACGCACUUGCUCUCUCCUCGCCCUCCCAUGACUGUCUUUCCCGGUGAUACGCACUUUCCGUGGGCUCCUCCUACGAAAGAGACUCGCGAUACGCGCCCUCCUGGUCAAGAUCACGAAUCCCAGCAGCCUGAUGAAUUCCACCCUACCUGCGAAUUCAUCAGUCCAUGCCAAGCCGGUCCCAGCUCGGAUGGGCUACAUUUUCGCAAGGUGGUCUCCCACAUCUUCGGCCGAAACAAGUUGUCCACGAAGAAGUUUCCCGAUUCCGUCUGGGUGUGGUACUGUCGCAAACACUACCGGCGAGCCAUGUACCGCGCCGAUUCAUGGCCGCUCACUCAGUGUAGCCUACUGCUUCAGACACUGGACCGGAUGGAAAAUUGGGGUCAGGUCCGAAGCUUUGAGCUUCGCCUGCAUCAUCGGGAGACUCUCCAACGGGAACAAGAAGACCCUGAUUCUUCUCCUAAGAAAGCUAGGGUUUCAAAAACCGGCCGCCGGCACCGAACGACUGUCGCAGAACCUGUGCCAGAGUGGCUCCAGCAAGAAGUUGGCCCGAAUAAGUCCUUUGCUGAUAUCCGCCGUCUUGUUCAACGAAUUCGAGAGGAUCAGCUACAUUCUUAUCUAAGCCCCAAGUUUCCGAAUAUCGAGAUUAUCGCCUCAUUCUAUGGGGAAGAGCCCGUGCAGAAGGAGAGACACUCGAAGGGCCGACGCGUGCAGAAGCAGCAACUCGCUACCCAGGAUACGGAGCUCGAGGCUGAACAUGGAGUACCGGUUACAAAUGUACGCCAACUGGUCAUGCGCGGCGCUGUUCAGGGGCCGGAGGACGACAUAUCAAAAGCGGGUCACCAAAAAGAAAACAUUACUGAUUUCUGA